AGAAAACGCAUGUCCUUUCCUCUAUCCAACUCCGUAUCAGAAAUGGAACCAACUAAGGCCCUCAGCAACGAUAGUGACAGGAACUGCACCAUAGAAAACUUCAAGAAGGAAUUUUACCCCGUCAUAUACCUGAUAAUAUUUGUCUGGGGCCUUGGAAAUGGCUUUUCCAUAUAUGUCUUCCUGCAGACUUACAAGAAGUCCACAUCUGUGAAUGUUUUCAUGCUCAACCUGGCCAUUUCAGAUUUCCUGUUCAUAAGUACCCUGCCCUUUAGGGCUGACUAUUAUAUCAGAGGGUCCAAUUGGAUAUUUGGGGAUGUGGCCUGCAGAGUUAUGUCUUAUUCCUUAUAUGUCAACAUGUACACUAGCAUUUAUUUCCUAACUGUGCUGAGUGUUGUGCGUUUCCUGGCCACUGUCCAUCCCUUCCAACUGCUCCAUGUCACCAGCGUCAAGAGUGCCUGGGUCCUCUGUGGGAUCAUAUGGGUUUUUAUCAUGGCUUCCUCAGUGAUGCUUCUGAACAAUGGCUAUGAGAAGAAGAAGAACAACGUUACAUCCUGCCUGGAGCUGAAUCCCCAAAAGUUUAAUAAGCUACUGAUCAUGAACCACAUUGCCUUAGUGGCUGGCUUCCUGCUUCCGUUUGUCAUACUCACCAUCUGCUACCUACUGAUCAUCCGGGUCUUGUUAAAGGUGGAGAUUCCAGAAUCGGGUCUUCGGGCUUCUCACAGGAAGGCGUUGAUCACCAUCAUCAUUGCCAUGAUCAUCUUCCUCCUCUGUUUCCUGCCUUACCAUGCACUGCGGACCCUCCACUUGGUCACAUGGAAUGCAGAUUCAUGUGGAGACAAGUUACACAAGGCCAUGGUCAUCACACUGGCCUUGGCUGCCACCAAUAGCUGCUUCAAUCCCUUUCUUUACUACUUUGCUGGGGAGAAUUUCAAAGACCGAUUAAGGGAUGUAUUCAGCAAAGAUCAUCUACAGAAAGCAAAGGCAAAGUGUAGCCUUCCCUUGUGUGCGUAGCUGAAGAACAGAAUUAGAGUUCAGGGAGCAGUUAUGCAUGUGUGCGCAUGAUUCUUGGUGUCCACCUUCAUUCAUUCAUUGUCUCCAAAUUACUUUGUAUUUGCACCAUAACCAACAAGUCUUGGUUCCCAACAUUCAACUGACCACAACUUUUGCUAAUAAAGCCUAUUUCAGAAAUUUCAUUAGAUGUAUGUUUAGUAGUUGGGGCUAAAUGAGAAAUGUAGGAAAACUGCUUCUAUUGGAAUCUUGCAAGCUGAAAUAUGACAUUGGGAAAAAUUGUCAAGCACAGUAAGCCAUGCUUUACAUCAGAUCCUACACUAGGUCUCUGGCCCUAACUUUAAGAUAUCCUCAAGCACCCUAGCUUCUCAGAUCCUUUCCCUUUUAAAGCUCCUGAGACACAGCCAAACCUACGGGAAGCCUCCAUGCAGCCUGGAGAGCAUCCUAAGAACUCAGGAGCAGACUUUUUUGGAGAGGAAGACUGCCCUGUAACAAAGCAAGUCCAGGCAAGAUUGGUGAGAGAACAAGGAGGAGAAGGAUUAAGGCAAAAUAGAGUGAAUGAUACGUAGAGGUAAAGAGUAAUUUCAUUUUUGCCCCAAGAAAUGGGUUCUAACAACCAAGUUGAAGAAUGUGUCUUUUGUGUCUUUCUUGCCAGGGAUUAGGAAGACCAAAGAGUGGGGGUGGCCUGGGAUGACUUUCCUAGGGGACACAGAAAUUGUGUGUGGAAUAGGGAAGAGGUGGAGUCAUGGACUUGCAUCUCAAUUUUACUUGAGACUUGGGUUGGGAUUGAUGUCACAGUAGUCAUUGAUGUCACGGUAGUCAUUGCUCCCUUCUAUUAACCCACUAGGAUGACAAUUAAAAUAAAGGAGGUGGUGAUAUGGUUUGAGUUGAGCCUUUGGGAAAAGGGUUGGACAGAACAUGAAGAGUGGUAUAUAAAAAGUCCUUGAUAUUAGAAAAAGACCCUUUCUAUUCACAGAAACUGCUCCAGAUACCACCAGUUAUUCACAUGACCAUUGUGUUAACCCUGACCGUCAAGUGCCAUCCUCAUGCUGAGAAGCCUGAGCAGGUGCGAUACAACUAUGUAACCCUCACAAGAAAGCACAGGGUUUUUACAGGUGAAGAAAUGAAAGCUCAGAGAAAUUAAGAAAUGCCCAAGUCUACACAGCUAAUCAGAACUUUAAAGGAAAAUAUUGACUGGAUGCUCCCCUUCUCCCCGACCCUUGUGAACCUCCAGAAAUGCUGCUGUAAGGUCUGGAUGAAAACUCCCACUAUUAUCAGGCACAUAUGCCUUCUUAUUCUUAUAAUAAAACCAAGGUUUGGGGCUGGAGAGAUGGUUUGGGGUUAAGAGCACUUAUGGUUCUUGCAGAGGACCCCAGGUUUGGUUCCUAGCACCCACAUGGAGACUCACAGCCAUCUGUAAUUGCGGUUCCACAGGAUUUAAUGCCCUCUUGUGGCCUCUGUGGGCAUGCACAUGGUACACAGACAGGUGCAGACAAAACAUUCAUGCACGUAAAAAUUCUUAAAAACAACAACAAAACCAAAAAACAAAGCCAAGAUUAUCUCCUUGCAGUUGUUGACCCUGGCACAGUUGAGGAUGGGAAGAAGGUUGUGUUCUGAAGUUGGAGGGCACUACAGGUAGUGUUACUAUAAAACAAAGACUGUGACCUUCCUUUAGUCAGCUACCAGAAUGAUGACAGACAGAUGUCAGAGGAAGGCCUUGGAACGUUUGUCUACAGGACAACUCCCCUAUCUCAGAGAAAAGGCUGACAGAUACUUGGGAAUCUUCCAACAUCAAAUCUGGGCAUCUGCUCUAUCAUUUACCUGUCAGUGAAGCCUACAAUCUAACACAUCCCCUGUGCUUCCAGAAAGCAUCUAGCAACUUGGUCCUGUCCCACUCUUGACUGUGAACUGUGGCCACACACUUCCGAUGGGAAACCCCUUAGACUCAAGGAACCGGCAAGGAAGGGCACAGAGGGAGACAUCUUCGGUAGGGAAGGGCUCUUACACUUGUAUCAGAAAGCGCUGGUGUGCUGCUCCUAAACGAGAGGAGAUAAGCAACUAAGAAAACAGGAAUGGCCAAAGGGGAAGACAACUCCCAGGAGGGUUAGAAAAAAACUCAUACAGGUAAGGCAGGAAUGCCAGGGGACUCCAGGAGGGAUAGCGCCAAGAACAAGAAACCGCUGGAGGAGCACACAUGGAGAGGGAGAGCUUGGGAUGAACUAGUGGCAAACACAGAUAAACAGCACAGUGUCGUCAUUGUUACACUAGAGAAGAAGAGUGUUAGCUAAGAUCACAAGUAAUAACUUGAGCACACUAUGCAGAAUGUUUACACAGAGAAUGACACAAACAUAUAAACACUAUGACAGAAUCUUUCUCAGGAAACGAGUGGGGUAGAUGUGCAUGUAGGGGAAAAGUGCCUGAAGCUUGGCUUUCCAUCUUCCAUUGGAGAGAAUUCACCAAAGUUGGGGAGCAAAGAUCAGCCACACAGCAUGCUGUCUAGCGCUAGGGAGUAAAUUCCAAGAGAAGCAGCAAAACGAACCGGAGGAAGUGGUCUCCGGAGAGAAGUUGAGGGUGGGAUGUUUGUUUUCAGGAAUUGUCAAACUGAAUAAUUUGUGAAU